AUGACUUCAGGUAGUUCAACUACCACUGAAGGUUCGACUCCUUCUCUCGAUGUUCCAUCCCCUUCAACCAGUAGAACUUCUCGGAGUCCUAGUCCCGCAUCUUCUGUUGUUUCACUGAAUGAAAACAAAGCUCUAAAGAGACUUGCUGAUCAAUUAUGCAACAUCUUCUACGAAGGAAAUCAAAAUGGUCAAGAGGAUAGUGAGGUGGAGAGGUCCAUCAUUAAUCAUAUCCACAAAUCUCACUUUGAAGCCGUCCAAAUAUUUCGAUGGCUUCUAAGGAACAAGGAUACAUUUCAAUAUCAAAGUCUUCUAGGUUAUUUCUAUGGUCAUGAGAUUGGCGUGGAGGUAGAUAAGAGGAAGGCCUACACGUUCUUCCUAAAUGCUGCAAAGAAAAAUGAUCACCUGGCACAAUACUUUGUGGGUGCAAGCUAUUUGGAGGGAAGUGGUGCAAAACAAGAUUAUGACCUGGCUUUUCUUUGGUUUGAGAAAUCAGCUAACGGUGGCUGCUCGAAUGGGUUGUGUGCAUUGGGAUACUGCUAUCUGAAUGGUUAUGGUGUGCAUAAAGACGAGUUAAAAG